UGGCCUUUCCUGGCAGCCCCUCACCAAGGGGCGUGGGCGGCUGCUCAGAGGGUGGGGAGCGGGCGGGCGUUUCACCGCCACGCUGAGGCCUGGGUCAGAGGAUGCACAGCCAGUCACCUCCUCUGCUCCCCCAAGUCAAGCGAGGUGCAGGCCGCCCCCAGGCCAGUGACUCUCGGGGUCUCACGUGCCCAGUCAACUUGAGGGGCAGCUCAGGCAGCAGUUUCCAUGGGAACAGCAUCUGCUCCUGGAGCUCCCUCGGGGCACAGAGCUGUCCACGCCAGGCCCGGGGCCCAGGACUGCGGAAAGGACCCGUCCAGGCCUGCUGCCGUCCUCCUGGGACCCUCCUGGGCUGGUUCUGGUCUCAGCACAGAGGCUGAAUCUUAGGGAGGGAAGGUCCAUGGCGGGGCCACUCCAAUCCCAGGCACCCAGCACCCACCACUGAGCCUUCCUUCCCAGCGGGACGACCUGUCCUUGCCUCUCACUUGGUCUCAGCCAGCAGGCGGCUAUUGGCAGCCCAAGGCUGGACCCCAGCCUUGCAGCCCGUCAGACUGGGGGCAAAGAGGGGACCCAGGGGACGGCACCUGGGCCUGCGCUGUGGGCACCGCACUCCUGUCGGUCACCUGCUGGGCCCCAGUGGCCGAGGGAUUAGCCUCCCUCUGCUGCUAAUAGGCUUAGAGGAAGCCGAGCUGCCCUUGUUCUGGGCCAAGGUCACUGGGCUUAGGGCAUCGGGGGUGUCUCUGGGGAGAGAAGAGGAGAGGAGGUCACCUGGUCGGUGUUGCACGGACACCAACAGAUGACACUGGCGCCCACAGGGAGCUCCAAGCACUGAGCAGCUGGGAAGACACAGCUCAGCGCAGCGUCUCCUCGCCCAGCGUGAGGGAGUCCAGAAGCCCAAGGUCGCCACAGGGUCUCUGCCAGCCUGGCCAUGAACCUGGAGCCGCCCAAGGCCGAGAUCCGCUCGGCCACCAGGGUGACGGGGGGCCCCGUCACUCCCAGGAAAGGGCCUCCCAAAUUUAAGCAGCGGCAAACCAGGCAGUUCAAGAGCAAGCCCCCCAAGAAAGGUGUCCAAGGGUUCGGGGACGACAUCCCUGGAAUGGAAGGCCUGGGGACAGACAUCACGGUCAUCUGCCCGUGGGAGGCCUUCAACCACCUGGAGCUGCACGAGCUGGCCCAGUAUGGCAUCAUCUAGCCCAGGGGUGGGCGA